CAUUCGAUAAUGAUUCAAUAAAUUCAAACAAUAAAAAUUUACACUCAUAAAAUACAGAGCUCGGUCAACGUCCAUCUUUGCAGUCCGUUAAGUAAAUUUUAUGCCGUUUUAUCGCCAAACGCCUAAUCACAUUGGCCGUAUUAAGUGUAGCCACCUACUUUAGCGCGUUAAAUAUUAUCGCGAUAAUUACCGCGAUAAUGGGCAUUGACGUUGGCCGCUAAUGUGGCCCCAGCAUAAGAGGUAUACAAAAAAAUGGUGGCCGUGUUGUAAGCAGCGUGCGUCCCCUCUCGUGUCGGCUCGCACACCUAACUGUUUACUUAUUUUUUACCUUUUCUGAUUAAUACAGAACAUUUAUAAGCGAUUAAUAUACCUUGGCAUGAAGACUGAAGUUCAUGGUCAUGUAUAUUUAUUAUUUAUUUGUAUUAAGACUUCUUUCCUGAAAAUUUGGGCGAAAAGUUUUCAUGUUAUACACAAAAGGUGUUUUUUUUUGUCGACCAGUGUAAUUUUUAUAGUCGCUAAUAUACGUACAAGUAAGGAAGUAAGUAAGUUUUUAAGUAAGGAGAGCUAAGUACAGGCUAUUGUAAAGUUCCCGAAACCCGAGACAGUCGAUCAACUACGCCGUUUUCUCGGUAUGUUAAAUUUUUAUCGUGCACACAUUCCAAACGCUGUUCAAUAUCAAUUCGAAUUGAAUAAAUAUUUGCACAAUACAAAGAAACGCGAUAAAACUUUGAUUGUGUGGACUGAUAAGGUGUUGUUCGCAUUUUAAAAAUACCUAGGUACUUCAUUAGCUGACUGAAAAGAUCACUCUCAAAUUGUCUACCCUGGUCGCUAGUAAGCUUCGAAGGGCUUCCAAAUCGAGAUAUCCAGCCUUCAAAUACUACCUUGGCUACUGUUUCAGCUGUAAUAUUGUGAACUGGAAAAGCUUCCGGCCAUCCGGUACAACGAUCUAUCAUUGUUACGCAGUAUCUAUGUCCAUCUGCCGAUGUAGGCAACGGGCCUACAAUAUCUAUAUGAACAUGUUGGAAACGGUCUGCACGCUCAAACUCUCCUAAUCCUGCUAUUGUAUGCCUAUUAAUUUUUGAUCUCUGGCAACUAAAACAGGUUCUAGUCCAACUCGCUAUAUCCUUAAGCAUAUUAGGCCAAAAGAAACGUUGUUUAAUUAAAGUUCUGGUAGUCUUAACACCGGGGUGACUUAAAUCGUGAACCGAAUGAAAAGCAAUUUCCCUGAAUUUAUCUGGUAAAUAUGGUCUAAUUCUGUUAGAUGAAAUUUCGCAAUAAAUAUAUUUUUCGCAGUCUGGCAAUAAUAUUUGUUUAAAUUGUAAUUUACUAUCUGUUGCUUGCAACGCUUGCUGUAGGUAUUCGUCACUAAGUUGUUGCUCAGCUAUUUCUCUGAAAUCGAGUAAUGUGGGACAACUGAUCGUUUCUAUCCGCGAAAGUGUAUCUGCGACUACAUUUUGCUCACCGCUGAUAUGACGAAUAUCGGUGGUAAACUCGCUAAUGUAAGAUAAUUGACGAAUUCUUCUAGGGCUUUCUUUGUCGUUAUUUAAUUUUGAAAAUGCAAAAACGAGAGGCUUAUGGUCAGUAUAAAUAGUCAGUACACGGCCUUCCACUAAAUUUUUAAAAUAUUUGAUAGCCAUAAAUACUGCUAACAAUUCCCUAUCAUAAGUAGAAUAUUUCAUUUCAGCUUGUGAAAGUUUUUUUGAAAAAUACCCUAAUGGUUGCCAAUUGUUGUUAUUUUUCUGUUGUAAUACAGCACCUACACUAGUAUCCGAGGCAUCGGUCAUCAGCGCUAAAUUAGCAUCUGGUAAAGGAUAAGACAGUGUAGCGGCGCUUUGCAAGCUUUCCUUACACUUCUUAAAUGCUUCGUCAGCCUUAUCAGUCCACACAAUCAAAGUCGUUUUUGUUUUAAAUACCACGACAACGUGAUGUUUAAUUCCAAUAUGGAGGACAGACGUCCAAUUCAUUUAAAUAAGCAAGGUCAAUCCGGUGGUAACCGCCGUGGACUGCGCGAUGCCCAAAGGGCUUAUGAGAGGAGAAAUAAUAUGGAAGAACUUCGAGACUGGUCUUAUCAGCCUCAAGAAUUCGAUCCCUCUCGAAUUAAAACUAGAAAACCAACUAAUAGAUCAGAUAACUUCAGGAAAAAGAUUGAAGCGCAACGUGACGAGAAGCAUAAUCCCCCGUCUUUACGUCCUUCAACUAAAGAGACGCCACCACGCGACGAGCCACUCUAUGAUAUUGGUCCUCAUAGUACGCUAAUACCGCUACAGGAUGUGCACGUCCAAAAUUUUGAGUUUAGUGGUUUCAUUCCUUUGAUAGAAGAAACUUAUGAGAAGAUGAGAGGCAUAGAUCCUCGCCUUAAUCAACGUCUACCACUAAGCUUAUUUACUCAUGUUUGUUGCAACCAUUUAAAUUUACAAGUUGCAGAGGUAGCACGCCAAAAUGGUCAAAAUAUCUUUGGAGUACUCACAGAUUUGAGAGAGGUGCUCCCAGAUUACCAGUGUGUACCAAAAUCAAUAACUGACUAUAUUUCACAUGUCAGUAAUUCACUUACUGUACGGUCCAAUGACCUACAUUUUAAUUGUAUUAGAGUCAUCAUUUUAUUUCAUUUCGACAUUCGUUAGGUAUGUAAAGUCAGUCCACAUCCAACUCGCGACUCAUCAAUUAGUAUUUACAAUUAAUUACACAAUAAAAGUUAUUUUUAACAUUUCAAGAUUUAUCAUUCAACUUCUUAUAAUUUUGGUGUGUGGUCACUCAACCCAUACAUCAAUUGGUCCUUCGAGCCUCCGAAGGCAGGACCUUUACUCGCGUGUGUGUAAAAAGUUUGCGUGUUCACCCCAAUUGGAUUGUCACGGCAAGCCUGCCACGUAAGUCGAACAGCCUUCGGUGAGUCAGUUCAUCUUCUAUCCGUUCUUCUAUCAAUAUCAUUAUGGAAGAUCUUGUAACAAAACAAACUCAGAUCGCGGGGACGAUGGAAUCGUUACUUACGAAUUUUAAGAAAGACGGUGCUGAUCGCAAAACCCCCGCUCAUAUCAAAAAACGUCUGAGCAACCUCGAACUACAUUGGCAAGAGUUUCAGGUAAAUCAUAUUAAGUUAUGCGAAUAUGAAAAUCGGUCACACGAGUAUUUCGUGAAUGAUUAUUAUCAGCAUACGGCUGAUUUUUACAGAGAAACUCGUGCAUUCAUGCAGAAAUAUCUAUCCGUGGAAGAUAAAGAAGAGAAGUUCCAAUUACGACCAGCUACUCCUUUAAUUGGACAAUCACAGCAACACUCUUCGCCACAGGUAGCACUUCCAACUCAGCAAACACAAGGGACAAACAGCAAAUUAGACGAAAUGCUGAGAAAACAGAAAAGUAAUUUUAAAGCAUUUUCCUGCACUAUCAAAACUAUUGAUUUAGAUUCGCUUUCCAAGAAAUGGGAGUUCGAAGAUGCACUUAAAUCAUUACAAAAUAGGUGGCAUGUUAUCGAUACUCUUCACUGGGAAAUUGAUAGUGAGCAGCAUGAGGAGAAUACUGAGUACGAGCGUGCAUUUUCUUACUACGAAGAUAAGUACAAUGAGAUAAAAAAGGCUAUAAACAGCAACAUGUGGUCACAAUCUCAUAGAGAAAAGGUAACCCCACAGAUGGACAUUCCAUCAUUCAGCGGGAACUACCACCAGUGGGAAUCUUUCAAAGACCUUUUUGUGGAAUCCAUUCACAAUAAUAAAUCAUUGUCUGCUGCCCAAAAGUUGCAAUUUCUAAAAAGCAAGCUCAAAGGGGAAGCUGAGAAACUGAUUCAGCAUCUCAAUAUUAGCUCCGACAACUACCAGAUAAGUUGGGAUAUACUAAGCCAUCGGUAUAGUAAUAAAAAGCUUAUUUUCAACUCUAAUAUUAGUAUUUUGAUGGGCCUUCCCGUAAUGCAGCAUCAAUCAGCAGCAUCCAUUAAGAAAAUACACGACACCGCAAAUGAAUGCCUCAACGCAAUCAAGGCCUUACGUGUAGAUAUCAGCACAUGGGAUCCGCUGGUAGUCUAUAUAUUAUCUAAUAAGUUAGAUGCAGAAACAUAUAAUGAUUACAUCGUUUCACUUAAGAAUCCGAGAGAACUUCCGUCCUUAAAGUACCUUUUAGAUUUUUUAGAAAAUACAUUUACGUCACUAGAGAUGUCAAAGCGCAAACAAGAUCCUAUUAAACCUACUCCACAACAAGAUACAGUUAAACUUGGUCAGAAGAAAUCAUUUUUCUAUAAAGCAUUCAGCAGCAAUCAAAAUAAUUCUUCGAGUAAAGAUGAUCAUCACUCAUACAAAACGUGGUCUGUUCCAUCCGGUCAAUGCCCCGUAUGCAAAUUGGAGCAUGGUAUUUUCAAUUGUAAGACAUUUUUCGAUAUGCAGCCGCAAACGAAACUGAAAACUAUUGAAAAAAUAAUGCUAUGCAAAAACUGCUUCAAGAAACACGAUAAUAAGGACUGUAAUGGCAGCAAAUGUCGCGUAUGCAAAGGCAGUCAUAAUACAUUGCUACACGAUGCUUUCGUUAACAACCAAU